UUUGUGAGACAGACACCUGAAUGUUUUGUACACUAAGAGGCUUCUGGGUCAUAUGUCUAACCGAUGCUUGUAAACGUCUCCCCCAACUCUGUUCUUCUGAAACUGAUUCUGGAACUAAAGAGAGAAGUUGCAACGUGGAGCUAAAAGCAGAGCAGCUGAGUUCAUCAGUAAAGGAAUCUAUUGACGAAAUUCUCCAAACUGUAAACCAAGAUGAUUCUGUCUACACUGAAAGGCAUUGGGAAGAAACUUCUGAGAGUGAAGGUUGUGGACAGUAGCAUAGAGGAGUCCCGCUUGGCUCGAUGUCUUAACACGUUUGACCUCGUGGCCCUCGGCGUCGGCAGCACACUCGGUGCUGGCGUCUACGUGCUCGCUGGUGCCGUAGCCCGAGAAAAUUCAGGACCCGCCAUUGUCAUCUCCUUCCUCAUCGCUGCCAUGGCUUCAGUCUUGGCUGGUCUGUGCUACGCCGAGUUUGGAGCGCGUGUUCCCAAAACUGGCUCGGCUUACCUCUACAGCUAUGUUACAGUUGGAGAAGUAUGGGCAUUUAUCACCGGCUGGAACCUCAUUCUCGCCUAUGUCAUUGGAACUUCGAGCGUGGCCAGGGCAUGGAGCGCAACCUUUGAUGAGCUUAUUGGAAGGAAGAUUGAGCUCUUUUGCAGACAAUACAUGACCAUGAACGCCCCGGGAGUCUUGGCAGAAUAUCCAGACAUAUUUGCUGUCGUAAUCAUAGUCGUUCUGACAGGGCUGCUUGUAUUUGGUGUAAAAGAGUCAGCCAUGGUAAACAAAGUGUUUACCUGCAUCAAUGUACUGGUGCUGGUGUUUGUAGUCAUCUCUGGCUUAGUUAAAGGAAACAAAGAAAACUGGAACCUGAACCCUGAAAAGAUCCUUAAUGCCACGAGAAACUCUACUUCUAAUGUGUCCGAUUUCAUUCAAAAUGAGGAUUUUCUCGGUGCUGGUGGUUUCAUGCCCUUCGGUUGGACUGGAGUCCUCUCUGGUGCAGCAACCUGUUUUUAUGCCUUCAUAGGGUUUGACUGCAUUGCCACUACAGGAGAAGAAGUAAAGAAUCCACAGAGGGCCAUUCCUGUUGGCAUUGUGGCCUCUCUCCUCAUUUGCUUUGUGGCAUACUUUGGUGUAUCUGCAGCCCUCACUGUGAUGAUGCCUUACUACAUGCUGGACAAGAGCAGCCCUCUUCCUGUGGCUUUUAAGUAUGUGGGCUGGGAGGGAGCCACUUACGCGGUGGCCAUUGGCUCUUUAUGCGCACUGUCGACUAGUUUACUAGGCUCCAUGUUCCCAAUGCCCAGAGUGAUCUGGGCCAUGGCAGAAGAUGGUCUGCUCUUCAAAUGCUUGGCUAAAGUCAGCACACGAACCAAAACCCCUCUAAUAGCAACAAUAACAUCAGGUCUUGCGGCAGCGGUGAUGGCCUUCCUGUUUGACUUGAAGGACCUGGUUGACCUCAUGUCCAUUGGGACUUUGCUGGCCUAUACUCUGGUGGCAGCUUGUGUGCUGGUCCUCAGGUACCAGCCUUUACAGCCCAGUGCAGCCUAUGAGAUGGCCAAUACUCAGGAUGAGCCUGAAAUUACAUAUAGGGAUGGGAGUGUUGAUAUUUUAUCGCAACCUGAUGAUCGCUUCACUUUCAAAAAUCUUAUUAACCCUCCGAACACUGAGCCGUCAUCUCUCUCUGGACUCAUCGUCAACGUCUGCACCAGUAUACUUGGUGUUUUGGUGUGUGUCUUCAGUGUUGUAGCUUCUCAGGGAGGAUAUGCACGCUGGUCUCUGACUGCCCUCUGUGUUAUCGUGGCCAUCUGCCUGGUUCUAAUCAUUAUUAUAUGGAGACAGCCACAGAGCAAAACCAACCUUACCUUCAAAGUCCCAUUGGUGCCACUGGUGCCGAUCAUCAGCAUGUUUGUGAACGUGUACCUGAUGAUGCAGCUCGACAAAGGAACGUGGUUGCGUUUUGCCAUCUGGAUGACCAUAGGUUUUGCCAUCUACUUUGGCUAUGGUAUACGUAACAGUGCAGAGGAGAGGUUAGCCAAGUGUGACAAUUACGAAGAUAGCUGCACAAUAAAGGAAGAGUCCAUGGAAACAGAGAAGGAAGCCUUCUUACACCAUACACAAAACUCCACCCGAGAAGAUGAAGAUGGUUUCUGAGGAGAUGGGAGGGUUUUAUUAAAACAUUUAUUUAAAUAGGGGUACAGGAAAGAAGGCGCAAGUAUGUUUCACGGAGCGGUAAGGACAACAUAACAAACAAAACAGCCCUUACCUAUUGUGAAAACGCCAAUCAACUAACUAAAUUAGACAAAUGAAAAGUUACAAAUCUACAAUUCGCUAACAACUCAAA